UUCACGUUACACGUCGUCAUAUGAUUCACACACUACCGCGCUCCUACCUGGCAGUUUGUUAUUUAGACGAAUAGAUAGAUCGUCGUCGCGUUUUAAGCGCACGCAGUGUUCCAUCACCAGCCGCCCUGAGGUGUACGCACAGCGGCAAUAGUUGUCGUUUUUAUUUAUAAAGCGUUUUCCGUGUGACUCGUGUCGAUGACAACACUUCGAGUUCCCAGCCAGUUCUUGUCGGUAGAGCGUCACGUUGAGGAUACCGGAUUUGCUCGUUUUGAUUCUCUAGUGCCGAGGUUUCUCGCGCCGAUAUACGACGUCGCAAGUUCCAACGUGUGUUUGGCUUUUGUACGGAGUUCGCUAUGUACGAAAAGAAUGAAAAGCAGCAAGGGUUUGACAACACCGUCUUCCAAAUAACCGAGUUACAUGCCAUCGGAAAUGGGGAGAGAACGUAUCCUGGAGUUUCGCUAUCGGAGAUCGGAGACAAACCGAAUAAAAAACGAACAACGUGGAACAACAGCAUAGAAUUUCUCAUGUCAUGUAUCGCCGUGUCGGUCGGUUUCGGAAACAUUUGGCGGUUCCCGUUCACCGCUUACGAAAACGGCGGCGGCGCUUUUCUGAUUCCGUACGUGAUCUUGCUUUUCCUCGUGGGAAAACCAUUUUACUUUCUAGAGAUGAUCAUCGGACAGUUCUCCGGCAACUCGUCCGUCAAAGUCUGGGCCAUGUCUCCGGGUUUUGUUGGAGUCGGAUGGGCACAGUUCUGUUCUACUGUUGCACUGGCGACCUACUACAGUUCGCUGAUGGCGUUGACGCUUUAUUAUUUAAUCGCAUCCUUCUCGUCCGAAUUGCCGUGGGCCACUUGUCAAGAAGAUUGGGGCGACAUGUGCAUCAAUUCCAUCACCAAGAGAAAUCACAGCGUCGAUCUUAAUGCAACGGAAGAAGAUGUAAAUCCUUUCAAUUUCCUAAACAGCAGCAUCAAGCUUCAAAGUUCGGCCGAAAUGUAUUUCACACGAGUGGUUUUGCACGAAAAAGAGAGCAUCGACGACGGGAUCGGAUGGCCAAACUGGAAACUGACGCUCUGUCUUCUUGGCAGCUGGAUGACUGUCUGCGCAGUAUUGUUUCAGGGUGUCAAGAGUUCAGGAAGAUUCUCUUACUUUUUGGCUAUUUUUCCGUAUGUCGUGUUGAUCGCUCUGCUCGUUCGUGCGGUCACAUUGGACGGCGCCAUGGCCGGAAUCUUCUAUUUUAUCACCCCGAAGUGGUCUAAGCUGUUGGAUCCGAACGUUUGGUACGCCGCUGUAACCCAAUGUUUCUUUUCGCUUUCCGUCUGCUUCGGCAGCAUCAUCACGUAUUCCUCGCACAACGAAUUCAAACACAACAUUUACAGAGAUGUUUUAAUAAUUACUUCGCUGGAUACGAUUACGAGCUUGCUGGCAGGCUUCACGAUAUUCGGGAUCCUUGGCAACCUGGCGUACGAAUUAGGAGAAAAGGACAUAUCCAAAGUGGUCAGAGGUGGAGCCGGUUUGGCAUUUAUAUCUUAUCCCGACGCAAUAGCAAAGUUCAACGUUCUUCCGCAGCUGUUCUCCGUGUUGUUCUUCGUGAUGAUGUUUGUGCUCGGCGUAGGAAGCGCCGUGGGUAUGACGACGGGAAUCAUGACUGUGAUACGCGAGCAAUUUCCCAAAUCAAACACUUGGCAAACCGUAGUUCCGGUUUGUUUCUUGGGAUUUUUAAUCGGCACAGUUUACGUAACACCGGGCGGUCAAUUUAUUUUAACUUUAGUGGACUAUUACGGCACUUCAUUCGUCGUUUUUAUUCUAGCUUCGUUUGAGAUGACCGGAGUAGUGUGGAUUUAUGGUUUCGAAAACUUCUUAGAGGACGUGGAGUUUAUGCUGGAUCGGAAAGUAAGCGUGUACUGGCGGAUUUGUUGGUUUGUAAUAACACCGUUGAUCUUGAUUGCAAUUUUUAUCUACACGGUAGCCACUUUGACGCCGUUAACCUACGGCGGAAGAUCGUUCCCGGGAUCUGCGCACGCAGCUGGAUGGACGAUACUCUGUAUCGGAGUUCUUCAAAUACCGCUGUGGAUGAUAAUUGCGAUGCUGAAGAAUCGCGAAUUGUCGUUUUUACAGAUGGUGAAGAAAGCCUUCGCGCCCGCGAGCAGAUGGGGUCCGCAAGAAGUGCAGCAACGUAAGAAUUGGGAGAUCUUUAAAGAAGAAAGGGCGCAAAUUCAACAGAUGAGAACGCAGCCGAGAUGGAAACAAAUAUUCUAUGUUCUUCUGAACAUAGAACCCAAAUAGAAAAAACAGUUUUGAACAGUUUCUC